UAGAGGAGGUAAUUCAGCUCUUUGUUAUGUGGAGCGAGAAAAUAUUUUUUUCUGGGGACUUCACUACACAGUGACUGCUGGUUGUUUAUCCGUGACGUCACGCACCUCUGGACACGGUCGCUGCCACUGUGCUGGAGGUCUACUCAUUGUUUUGUUCUGGUGCUCACUGGGUGCGUGAAUAGAUACAUUUGAUAGCCAAAUAGGCUGAGCCAACGUUAAAAAAAGAGCCCAUGGUAGGGGUGGGGCUCGGCUUGGGGGUGCAGUGGUCCGAUGCCCAUGCCCCUCCCUUUGGGACUGGUUGGGGCGCUUCGAUUGGGUUCGGGACCCCCUGGGAUCUGGGGGGUUGGUGGCGUCCCCCUGGUUGGAGCCACUGCUGUACGGGCUCGUAAAAGGCAAUUUACUGUGUGGUGAUUGGCUGCAAUUAUACAUGUUAGAGGGACAAAGUCUCAUUUCAGAGUGGCGUUACGCAGCAGUAGUAUUGUGUUGGACUGACUCUAGGAUCAACAAACUGAGAAUAUAUUGCUAUACAAUAAUACAACAAUAAUUCUUGCAUCCCCACAGAACAUCUAAUACAGUAACAACAAGUGAGCUUACGGGACUCUGUUUGAAUCAGAAUCAGAAUCAUCUUUAUUUGCCAAGUAUGUCCUAAAAAGUGCGAAGGUUGUGCGAGGAAAGCCAGACAGAUUGACCCACCUUAUAUUUGGGCGUAGGGGAGUGAUGACGGUCCGCAAGCUGCUUGUUACGUGCCACGGACCGUGUCAACGCCGCCCGGACAUCCUCCCACACCGCCUGGACUCUGUUGAGGUGAUCCGUUAUAGUUGGAACUGCCACCGCCUGCUCCUGUACUUUGAAUAGUGGGGGUUGGAAACUGUAGCAAGGCAUGAACGGGGGACAUACCGGUACCGGAGCUGGUGAGGGAGUUGUGAGCGUAGUCGAUCCACGGGAGGAAUGUGCUCCAUGAGGAAGGGUUGCGGGCGGCGAUAGGGAGAUAGCCAAGUCCUUGCUGAAUACCGGGGAGAGGUCAUGAUACUCCUCAGGAAUUUGAGAGAGGUCCACUGGGGCGGCAGAGGGUGGUGGGUCGUCUGAGGGUGGAACGGCAGAGAGCAGACAAUGGGAAUGGCAAUGAGGACUCCAUCAUGUGUUGGAUAAAUGAGUCCAGAGUAUGGCGGGGUUGUGAAGUCUGAGCCAGGGAAUCCCAAGAAGUAAGGGGGUCUCAGGGGAAGGAAUGACAAAUAGGGAAAUGUUUUUGCGGUGAUUACUGGAAAUGAGGAGGGUGAUAGGCACUGUUUGGUGGGUGACAGGGGAAAUUACUCGGCCUUCCAGGGCUGUAACUUUUUUCGGGGACGGAAGUGGUUGAAGAGGUAUUUGGAGCUGGUGAAUUAUAUCCUCAUGAAUACAAUUGUCAUUGGCACCGGAAUCAAUUAGGGCAGUAAUGGGGGUGUUAUGAGUAGAGACUAUGAUGCAAGCGGGAACGGUCAUACGGUAGGAGAGCUAGGGGGACUGGAGGUUUGGCUCACCACGACGCUCUCGGUUCGCGGUGAGCCUGGUCUUUUGGUCGGAGGGGGCAAGAGGAAAUAAAAUGACCAGAAUGACCGCAGUAAAUGCACAGCCGCUGGAUGACUCGACGUUGACGUUCCUGUGGCUCAAAACAUGUUUUACCAAUUUGCAUGGGCUCAUCGGGUGCAACGGGGAGUGACGAAAGUGCAGUUGACUGUGCAGGAGGCGUGUGAGAAGCUGACGGCGUGGUGUUCGGAGUGGGAGAUUGUUUGCGCGACCAGAGCCCCCUCUCAUGGGCUCUCUCUCGCAGUCUGUUAUCCAGACGGAUGGAAAGGGCGAUGAGAUCCUCGAGAGAGGAGGGCUCGUCCCGGACCGCAAGCUCAUCCUUGAGCUGCUCAGAAAGGCCAUUAGAAAAAAAUCCCCCUAAGUGCCGCGUCAUCCCACCCACAUUCACCCGCCAAUAUCCAGAACUCAAUGGAGUAUUCUGCUACUGACUUUGCGCCCCUGAGUGAGCGUGAGGAGACGACGGGUGGCUUCUUUGCCCUGAACGGGUGAUAGAAUACGGAGAUCGGCAGAGUGAGUGGAGUACCAGGGAGGAGUUUUGCCAUAAGGAAGGGGACUAUUUUGCUGCUUUGCCGCGGAGGAGGUUAGUGACAUAAGCUACUUUGGAUUAUCGGUAGGAUAACUGUAUGGUUGAAGGUUGAAAAGGAGUGAGCAAUUGAGUAAAAACUGGCUACAUGCACCUAGGUCCGUGGAGUAUGGCUCGGGCGGUGGGACAUCAGGUUCUUUGUACGGGAGGCAGGGUUUGCUCUGAGGCUGCGGGCUCGGAAGGCGUACUUACAGGAGGAAGUUUGGAUAGCAUCGUCGAGGAAAGGAGGGAUAUGUGUUGUGUGAGGGUGUGUAGGGAUUCCAUGAGUUCUUGGAGAGUCUUUUCUUGUCUUCCUAUGUGGGCGCCUUGGAGGGUGAGUGGGUUAAUCAGUGCCUCUGGAGUUGCUGGGUCCAUGAUGCCCAAAGUAUUCUGUCACAUAUGGAGAGGAGCUGGACCCAAGAGCAGCCGGAGGCAGAUAGAUUUGUGAUGAACAGUUUUAUUUAUGAAGGUAAUGGAAGUGGUCCUGGAUGUGUUGGCAGGCGGUGGCGUGGACAGGCGGCUGACUUGGUGGCAGGAGUGACGUGGAUCAGGAACACAGGAGAACAAGGAAACACAGGAGUCAAAAAAGAGAACAAAGAAUAGUGUGGGUUACUUGAAUCAAGUGGGCCGUGGUACCGCUAGAAGUAACUGCAAUACUUUGGCGAGGAUUUUCAGGAACAGGCAGGCUUAUAUGCAGGUGGUGAUGAGGCUGAUUGGAGACAGAGAGGGGAGGGGGAGAGAGAGAGAGAGAGGAGGCAAAGCGCCAUCCAGGCUCCAAUAAAGGAACUGUAGGGCAGUACAUGACAGAUUGACGACAUCUCCUAAUCUAAAGCCCCCAAUCAGGCAAGGAGAAACUCAAAACCCCAUUUGGGGAAAAAAGAAACCUUGAGAAGGGACCACAGAUAGGGAGGACCUUCCAGGAUGACCAGGCUGUAAUGGAUGUCAAGUGGGCAACAUUUAUCACAUACUCUGGUGUGUUCAUUACGAUGGUAAGAUGCUGUACAAUUUUCAUUAAGAUGGCAUGAGUCCAUUUAAAGAGAAAAGGUGCCGCAGGUAGACUCCUUCGGGAAAGUGGUUCUGACCCGGUUGGUCGGAGCAGAAUCCUCCAUGGCAACGACUCCGGGGGGCGUGGUCCACCUCAUAUCUUGUUCCAUUUGGUAGGUGCAGAACCCAAACAGCAACACCCUCAGAUUCGGUCAACGUCACCUAGCACUCUCACCGAGCAGGAGACGAGGGGGGAGGAGAUAGGACAAGCGGCAGUAAAACGGGGCUACGUGUACUUUAAGUAAAUGCCAAAGAGUAUAAAUAAGUCUUAAAUCGGGAUUUAAACAUUUCGACUGAGGUAGCCAGUCUAAUAUCAGUGGGUAGGGCAUUCCAAAGGACUGGAGCCCGAAUAGAAAAUGAUUGAGAGCCUCCAGACUUCUUUGUGGCUCUCUGAGUCACCAAAAGACCAGUGUUUUCCAAGCAUAGGUUUUGUAACGGAACAUACAGUGCAACUAAGUCAGUAGAUAAGAGUGUGGUAACCCGUGUAGUAUUUUAUGAGUCAGUAACAGAACCUUAAAAUCGCAUCUCACGUGGACUGGGAGCGAAUGCAAGUUGGCCAAAAUAUGAUCGAAUUUUCUCGUCCUCGUCAAAGGUCUUGGUGCAGCAUUUUGUAUAAACUGCAGGCUUUUAUUCCUUGACAUGGGAUGACCAGAAAGCAGCACGCUUACAAUAGGCAAGUCAUCACAAAUGCGUGGACUAUGAUCUCUGUGUCACUAGCGGUUAGGAUGGGCCGUCUCUUAGCGAUAUUGCGAAGAUGAAAAUGAUGCCGUUUUGGUAAUAUUCUUAAUGUGCUAUUGAAAGGAGAGAGUUGAGUCAAAUGUAAGGUCAAUAUUUUUUCCUGGUUCAAUAUAAAUAAUAUAUAAUAUCCAUCCAUCCAUUUUCUGAACCGCUUCUCCUCACUAGGGUCGCGGGCGUGCUGGAGUUUAUCCCAGCCAUCUUCCGGCAAGAGGCGGGGUACACCUCGAACUGGUCGCCAACCAAUUGCAGAAUAUAAAUAUUUGAUAAAUAAAAAAAUAUAAAUUAAUCAGACGCAGGCUCUGUUCACAAAAAUUGCACUUAAAUAUUAAACAUUUGGUAGGUUAAUUGCAGUUCGAUGAUCAAUUUUGUGACGUGUCAUCAGACUUGUGGCAUGUCUUGGACACUUGGAUGAAGAGAGGAUCGGAGCUGCCAACUGAUCACCACGCGGUGGUGUGUUGGCUCCGAUGGUGGGGGAAGAUGCCGGUCCGACCUGGCAGGCCCAAACGUAUUGUGAGGAUCUUGUCGCGGACAUGCUCUUCGCAACCUGAGGUGUCACAGUGACUCCCCCACAACUUGAUAAACUGCUUUCUUCAAGACUUUGAGAACUGUUUGUCCUCAUUUGAAACCCCAAGCAGCAUGAAAUGUGGUUGAACCAUAAGCAGUUGAUUUGCCAAGACUAAAGUUUAAACAGUUUAAACUUGACCUAUGAGUAAAGAGUACAAAGUUGGGAGUGGGCCACCGCUAGGCGAUCAGAGCAGCUGCUACUAAAAAUAACAGGUACACUUCAAGCCAAGCGUGAUUGCUCUGAAAUUGCUAGCGAGUCCCUGAAAAGGCAGGAAGAGAAACAGUCGCAGCCUCCCACAGAACACGUGAAGAACUUCUUUCCCUUUUUCUGCCUGUUUUUGUUUUAUUUUUGUGCAUCUUUAACGAACCAAACCUACCUCCUCACGUCCCGAGACGACUGAGACAGACCACCCCACCGACCAGCUGAUCUACGUUCUAACAAGCAACAAUGCCGCAGCCCAGAAUUAUGCUGGUGGUGACAGGAGAUGAUUUUGGUUACUGUCCCAAGAGGAAUCAGGGGAUUGUCGACUGCUUCAAAGCUGGAGGCAUUUCCUCGGUGUCACUGCUGGUGAAUGCAUCCGCUGCCAAAGAUGCAGCAGAUUUGGCAAAAAGACACAACAUCCCAAUUGGGCUCCAUGCCAACCUGUCAGAAGGCAUCCCUGUGUGUCAGAGCCUCCGACAAGCGUCUACACUCGUCAAUGAGCAUGGCUUCUUCCAUGGAAAGAUGGGCUUUCGUCAGGCACUGGAACGACAUCAGCUAAGCAUGAAACAGUCUUAUUUUUUUCUCUAUGUUGAGGUGGAGCUAGAGCUGAGAGACCAGAUCCGGCUUUUCAGAGAACUGACAGGUCACCUGCCUCAUCAUAUGGAUGGACAUCAACAUGUCCAUAUACUGCAAGAGGUCCGUGAGGUGUUUGCACAGGUCCUGUCAGAUCACAAAAUUCCAUACACCCGUGUUCCAGUGGAGCCAGGUUUACACAACUGCCAGUGGCUGCCACCACAUCUCCAAAGAUUCUACGCACAGGUGGAGAAAGACGCUCUCGAGUCCAUUCCUGUCUUCAGGCAUUAUGGAAUAAGGUGGCCAGAAGUGUACCUAGGACUGACGACAGUAGGCCAGAACAUGUCUGUCUCCAACCUGCAGAGGGCCCUAAGCCAUGCCUUGAGUAGGUCCUCCUGUGGCAUUUCCAGUUCUGAAGAGCGUGUGAUCACAGCAGAACUCAUGGUCCACCCAGGUUACCCCAGUCACGCACAAAAAGGUGGCUGUGGAGAAGGACCAGAUGACUUCUCCCAGUCAGAUGACCGGCAACAUGAGCUCAGUGUGCUCACUGACUUGUCCCUGCUUGCUAUGUACCGCCAGGAGAGAGUGCAACUCUGUGCUUUUAAAGACCUUUGAGCAUAUUUUGUCUUCAGUAUGAAUAUAUGAAUUAGAGAGAAACGUCACAUGAAUUUUUGGGGGCAAAAUUAACUUUUACAUCACUGUUUAGUUCAGCAUUACAUUGACUGUCUUUUGAGUUUACUUAAAUAGACAAACUACCUUAAAACUAGAAUGUUAUGUUUGGAGACAAUUUCUAAACUGGUUUUGCAAAUAUUAAACUUGAGAUACAAUAUGAUACUGUUUGGUCUUUUUAAUUGAACAUUUAUGAACUCAUCACAGGACAAUUAGACAAGUAUUGAACAGUAUGGCCUCUCCCUGAGCCGUCACCUUACCGUGAUGGAGUGGUUUUUGUGUCCUGAUGAUCUUCUGAGCUGUGUUGUCUGGGGCUUCACGCCUCUGGUAGGGUCACCCAUGGCCAACAGGUCCUAUUUGAGGGACAAGACAGUACGGCUCAUAGACCCCUUAUGAUGAUAAACAUAAAUGGACCUUAGUUUACCUUGCCUGGACGUGGGUCACCGAGGCCCCCCUCUGGAGCCAGGCCUGCAACCAUGGGGCCCGGACGGGCACAGCCCGGAGAGGCAACAUGAGUCCCCCUUCCCAUGGGCUCACCACCUGUGGGAGGGGCCAAGGGGUCGGGUACCUAGUGAGCUGAGUAGCGGCCAAAGGCAGGGACCUUGGCAGUCCAAUCUCCGGCCGGCUACAGAAGUUGGCUCUUGGGAUGUAGAAUAUCACCUCUCUGGCAGGGAAGGAUGCCCGAGCUGAUGUUCGAGGUUGAGAAGUUCCGACUAGAUAAAGCCAGCUUGGGCUCUGGUUCCAGUCCUCGUGUGUGUGGUUGGACUCUCUUCCACUCUGUAGUUUCAAACGGUAGGCUAAAUUGGAAACUUUAAAUUGGACUUUCAGAUUUGUGACCGUUAGAUAGAUAGAAAGUAAGCUUGCUUUUAUCUGCUGUAUCUCCGGUAAAAAUGCAUCCAGUCUGUUUUUCUGUUGUUGUUGAGUCCAUGAUUAUUGUGACAAAGCUUUUCAAGUUUUCCUGCUGUUGCUGAAGGGUUGUUGGCAGUAGAUCAAUUACCUGCUGUAUUAGUGGGAAAAACUCCUUGUCUGCUUUCACAUCUGCCUUUCGUGGCGGGAAGCAGCGGCAUUUUGAGAUUCGGCAGUUGUCCGUUUCUCAGAAUUCCCCCAAAAGACGAGUAACGGACGUGCAGGUUCCGUGAGGGUGCGAGCUGAUCGGUAGCCGUCUAGCCGGUCCCCCACGGUGGCAGGCGAUGAUCUUAACCAUUGGGCCACGACUUAUCCUCAUCCAUUUAAAAUCAACGCCUAAAGCUCAUGUAUGAAAUUAAUUGACAGAUGAAAAUGAUGUCAUGGUCUGUGUUUUGGUUUGGGUUGUGUUUAGUUUUGUUCCAUGUUUUCCUGUGUUCCAUAUUUGUCGUGUGCGCAUGCGGUUGUUUUGUCCACCUGUUCUCGUCUACCUUGUAUCGACCAAUCAGAUCUCUCCAGCCACUCGUGUCUUGUCCAGGUGUUCCUCGUUGUCUCGUCAAUCUGUUUGUAUUUAGUUUCCUGGUUUCUUUCAGUUCAUUGUCGUUGUCACAUGUCUUUGCAGUAUGUCAUUGUCAGGUGUCAUUGUCUCUGUCUGUGCCAUGUCAUAGUCGCCAGUGAGGUGGAUUUUUUCGCCUGUGGUUCCGAGUCGGAGGUCACCCAGGAGAACUCCCACGUCCGUCGGGCAUGGGAUGAAUGAAGACUUCGAGACACUUGGCGUUUGGGCUGAUUCGAUUUAUUGAACAAGCCUUAGUGUCAUAACAGCUGCUUACAUUGGCAGAACAACGAAAAAGCUCCCGAAAAACCCCUGGAUCUCAGUUUAUUAAGCUUUAAUUCUCUGGGCGUGGAAUUAGCCCCUCCCUGGGUGCACCCGGCAGAUGGCCGUUCCUCAUGACCAUAUUUGGAAUCACACCCGCCUGGUGGGUCGUCCUCGGGGUCUCCUCCCGGUAGGACGUGCCCCGAACACCUCACCGGGGAGGCGUCCGGGAGGCAACCGAAUCAGAUGCCCCAGCCACCUCAUCUGGCUCCUACCGAUGUGAAGGAGCAACGGCUCUACUCUGAGAUCCUCCCGGAUAACCGAGUUUCUCACCCUAUCUCUAAGGGAGAGCCCGGACACCCUGCGGAGGAAACUCAUUUUGGCCGCUUUUAUCCAGGAUCUUGUUCUUUCUACCUCACCUAUGGUCACAACCCACAGCUCAUGACCAUAGGUGAGGGUAGGAACGAAGAUCGACCGGUAAAUCGAGAGCUUUCGGCUUAGCUCCUUCUUUACCACAACGGAUCGAUACAAAGUCCGCAUCACUGCAGACGCUGCACCGAUCCGCCUUACUGCCGGAUAUGCGGACCAAACUCUGACUCGGGUCGUACAGGGACCGAACAGCCCGUAUCAGGGUCUUCGGUACCCCAUACUCCCGAAGCACCCCCCACAGGACCACCCGAUGGACACGGUCGCACGCCUUCUCCAAGUCCACAAAACACACCCUCGAGGACCCUGCCAAGGGUGUAGAGCUGGUCCACUGUUCCACGGCCAGGAAGAAAACCACACUGCUCCUCCUGAAUCUGGGAUUCAACUUCCCGACGGACCCUCCUCUCCAGCACCCCUGAAUAGACCUUACCAGGGAGGCUGAGGAGUGUGAUCCCCCUGUAGUUGGAACCCGCCCUCCGGUCCCCCUUGUUAAAAAGGGGGACCGCCACCCCAGUCUGCCAAUCCAGAGGCACUGUCCCCGAUGUCCACGCGAUGUUGCAGAGGCGUGUCAACCAGGACAGCCCUACAACAUCCAGAGCCUUGAGGAACUCCGGGCGAAUCUCAUCCACCCCCGCGGCGCUGCCACCGAGGAGCCAUUUCCUUUCCAUUUUCUUUCAGUUCCGUCACAAACAUUGACUCCUGUUUCUGCCCAUUUGCACCUCAUUUGUUUUGUUAUGCAUUUUCUAUUUUCAAGACAUUGCAAAGGUUUUCGAUCUUGAUGCUUUGAGGUUUUUCUUUUCUUCUUUUCUUUGGUCUAGCUCCGUGUCUACCGCCUUCCCUUUUACAACUUUCCCACUUUGUUUGUACUUGGUCCAGAUUUUAGACACUGCUGACUGGGAGCAACCACCAUUUUUUUGCAACCUUCUGUGAUGGGUUUCAAUUCUCUCCUUUGUUUUAACUGGCAUCUCUCGUAUUGGAGCCAUGAUUCACGUCAAUCCACACAGAGCAACAACUCUCAAAAGUCUGAGAACUUAUUUAACUGCUGACUAAUUAUCAGAUUCAAUCUGAUGUUGGUGUUUGUUUUAGAACUGAAAAUUACAAGCUGGUUCCCUUUUUUUCUCAAAAUGGAGCAAUUCCAUAUUUUAUUUUUAUUUCCUCUACUUGCUCAAAACAAAAAUGGUGACUGACUCCAACAAUUUCCUUUUUUGCUUUUUUUUGAAAAAUGUUUCUUGAAGCCAGAAGGGUGGUAUUUUGAAUAAAAACUGUGUGGAACAUUG